AUGUUCACGUCUGCCCUGCGUGCCAGCCUGCGCGUGCAGCGCCUCGGAGCCAUCAAGAUGGCGCAGUCCACGCCCGCCGCCUUCGCGAAGCCCUUCGCGCUGCGCACGUUCGCCAACGCGACGGCCGCGUCGCUCGGCAUCGAGAAGUUCGGCGUGACGAACGCCAACACCAAGGUGCACCGCAACCUGAGCUACGACGAGAUCGCCGCCCACGAGGAGAAGAACGGCGAGGGCCAGUUCGUCAAGAACGGCACGUACACGAUCGACACGGGCAAGUUCACGGGCCGCUCGCCCAAGGACAAGUACAUCGUGGACCAGGCCCCGUCCAGCCAGAACAUUUGGUGGGGCGACAUCAACCAGCCUGUGAGCGCCGAGGUGUUCGAUGAGCUGUACGAGACGGUCACCAAGCACUACAGCUCGGCCGAGAAGGUGUACGUCUUCGACGGCUACGCCGGCGCCAACCCGGCGUCGCGCAAGAAAGUGCGCUUCAUCACGGAGCUCGCGUGGCAGCACCACUUCGUGACCAACAUGUUCCUGCGCCCGCAGACCAAGGAGGAGAUCGAGAACUUCGAGCCCGACUUCACCAUCGUCAACGCCUGCAAGGUCACCAACAAGGACUACAAGAAGCACGGCCUCAACUCGGAGGUCUUUGUGGCCUUCAACAUUGAGAAGGACGUGGCUGUCAUUGGUGGCACGUGGUACGGUGGUGAGAUGAAGAAGGGCAUCUUCUCCAUGAUGAACUACUGGCUGCCGCUCGACGGCAUCAUGGCCAUGCAUUGCUCGGCCAACAAGGGCAAGAACGGCGACACCGCCCUCUUCUUCGGUCUGUCCGGUACGGGCAAGACCACUCUUUCCGCCGACCCGCAGCGUUACCUCAUCGGUGACGACGAGCACGGCUGGGACGACGAGGGCAUCUUCAACUUCGAGGGCGGCUGCUACGCCAAGACCAUCAACCUGAGCCAGGAGAACGAGCCGGACAUCUACAACGCCAUCAAGCGCGACGCUCUGCUCGAGAACACGUUCGUGGACGCCGAGACUAAGGAGCCCGACUUCUACAACACGUCCAAGACGGAGAACGGCCGUGUGUCGUACCCCAUCUACCACAUCCCGAACCACGAGCCCACCUCGAGCGGCGGCCACCCGUCCAACAUCGUGUUCCUCACGUGCGACGCCUACGGUGUGCUGCCGCCCGUGUCCAAGCUGAGCGACGGUCAGGCCAUGUACCACUUCCUGUCUGGCUACACCGCCAAGGUUGCCGGCACGGAGCGUGGCGUGACGGAGCCCACGGCCACGUUCAGCGCCUGCUUCGGCGCUGCCUUCCUGCCGCUGCACCCCACCAAGUACGCUGACCUGCUGCAGAAGAAGCUGCAGAAGCACAACACGUCCGUGUACCUUGUCAACACGGGCUGGACCAGCGGCGGCUACGGUGUGGGCAAGCGCAUGAGCAUCAAGGACACGCGCGCUUGCAUUGACGCCAUCCUGGACGGCUCCAUCAAGGACUCGGAGUUCUCGGAGGACCCCAACUUCGGCUUCAGUGUGCCCAAGAAGCUCGGCGACAUCCCCGAGAACGUGCUGAACCCGCGUGAGGCCUGGAGCGACAAGGCCGCGUACGACGCCACCGCCAAGAAGCUCGCCGGCAUGUUCGUGGACAACUUCAAGAAGUACGUGUCGCCCGGCGUCACCGACUACUCCUCGUUCGGCCCCAAGUUGUAAGUUAGUACUGUAGUAUGCGAGAGAGGCUAGAGCGUGGCGACAGAGCUGCCAUCAACACCUCGCGAGCGAGCUAAAGCAAAGAAGCCUUUGUGAAAACU